AUGAGUGGUCUAGAAGUAGCAGGUGUCAUCCUUGGCGCUUUUCCACUGCUCAUCAGCAGUAUCGAGCACUGGCGUGGAGUCGCGAAAGUCGGCGGCUUCUAUUGGCGGAUACGGAAGGAAUACACCAAAUGUCAGCGUGAUAUCCAGUUUCACGAGAUUCUAUACAAGAACAACCUCAAGGAGCUUCUGUUACCACUCAUUCCGGAUGCGAAUGAAGUUGCGAAGCUCAUUGCAGAUCCAAGUGGCCAAAGAUGGGGUGAUGUGGCUUUGCAAAAACGACUGGAAUCCAGGCUGCACGAGUCAUAUCAAUCGUACCAGGACACUAUUACUAAGAUGAAUGAAAUCUCCCAAGACCUUAAGAAAGAGUUGUGUUUCGAUAAAGAGACUGUACAGGACCAGCUCUUGCCGCCGGAAACGAACCGGCGGAGCUCCAGCCGAUCGUCAAGCCCUCAGCCAUAUGCAAAGCCUUCGAAGCUUUCUGCUGCUAGGGCCAGGUUGGACUAUGAGUUGUUUCGAACAAAGUUCAGCAUUGGGGAAAGGACCAGAGACGAGCUGUUCGGUCAACUCAAAGAAUGCAAUGAGCGUCUAGAGAAGCUCUUGAGCUCUAAUGACAGAGUCUCUGCACUCCAGGAUGUCGCACCCGGGUAUACCAAGCACACUUCCGAGCUGAAAUCAGCAUUCAAGAAGAUUUCGAAGAAAUCACAUUCGCUGUUUCAGGCGCUGCAGAACGCAUGGCAGUGCUCGUGUCAGCAGUACCACUUCGCAAACUUAGGACUGGAGCAUCGGACACUUACAGAAGUAUGCUUCAAGAUUAUACUCAUCUUCGUCGCUCCCUUGGAACACGGAAAGAUGCCAUGGCGCUGGAAAGAGAUUCGCUGCGGCCGUAUGCUGGGUUGUUCCUUUCGUCAGAAGGGGACGGAAGCUGCCAUAUCCUUA